AUUGCUUAACUCUCAGACAUUUUCAGGCCAACAGGCUACUGGUUGGACUGUAAGGUUGUCUUUUUAUGAUUUCAACUCAAAUAUUUGUCCCAUAACAACUAUAAGUAUAAUUUUCAAACAGAAAUGUAUGUACUCCUAAAAAAAAAUCUAUAUACCAAAGCUAAGUAAAUUGUUUUUUUUUGGCAGCAGCAGAAUUUGCUUUGCUCUCAUUUUCUCUUCUUGUCCUGUAUUGUCCCUCCCUCUCCAGUCAUCUCUUCUCAUCUGUUCUUUGCUUCCCUCUCCUCACCAUUCCCAAAAGAAUCAUUAAUAUGUUUGACUUUAAUUGUCUGUAUACACAGUGUGCAGCUUCUGCUGGGGUACGGCAGCACCUCAGAAUCAUAUGCAGUAAUUCAUAUCUACAGGACAUAAAGUACACCGUAAUUCAGGAGGAGAAGCCCGCUGUCGAACACAACCAAGGUGAUGAUUAUCAAAAAUCACUUUUAUUUAACUUUCUUAAGUAAACAACGUGAUGUCGGGCGUAGACACAAAUCACAACCAAAUGUGACACUGAUUUUCUGCGGGUUAUAACAGCUGACACCAGCACCCAGCCCUGGGUGAUAUUCACAGACGUUUGGUAACAAUGAAUCAGGCUCCUACGUCGUAGUAUUAUAGUACAACCGAACGAUGACAAAAACAAACAAACGAACAAAAAAAAAACGCCUUCACGUAUGACCACCUUAAGUUUGUGUUUAUAAUGAAAUGUUUCCGCAUCCAAACAUCCAGUUGUAUUUAUUUAUUAAUCUUUUUUUUUUUUUUUUUUUGAGUACGUGGGUGUACCGGAACUUCGUGAUCGACGUGUAUGUGAGAAACCAAAAGUGGAAACGUUUAGCAGCGCCAUAUGAAAGAGCAACCUCAUCCUUCUGUACCCCAAAGUUAUCUGUGGAAUCGUGACAGUUUCUGAUUGGGAAAUAUUAUCAGUGAAGCCUGCCAGUGUCCUCCGUCCAGCUCCGGUUCCAUGACGGUCUCCGGCUGUCCCACAACAACCCACCAACCCAGAGACUACAGACAGCUCUCAGUCGCAGCUCUCAUCCCUUCCUGAGACUGGGACCAGAUUAAAACACAAAAAGGUUUCUGUUUGGGAGUCAGAAGUUGAAAAAGGACGAGAUGGAACAAAAAGAAGGAAAAACUUCUCCUCCCUUCUCUGCUGGGUAUGCAGGCAGUUGUAAGAAGACAGAUGACACACAGCAAGCUGAUGAGGAAGAGUUGACAAGAGACAGAAAUGAGUUACCAUGCAAAAAUCAAGAAUGUCAACCUUCUGUCUCAGAAAAACGGAUGACUGGUGACGAGAAGGUUUCAGAGGAGGAUGUUCAGGAUAAACCGCCAAUCAGCUCUUCCUUUCCUUUCUUCUCUUCCUUCGUGGGUAAAUCUGUGAUACAUCCUGACCCACCGCUUCCUUCUCCUCUACCACAACAGCCGAACAAGUACACCAUCUCAGCUCAGUCUGAACAUAGUUCUGCCAGACUUCAACUUCAAACGUCACUCCCAUCAUUAUGCUGGUUGGACACAUUCAAAAGACAUGAUGAUUUCAUUCCUUUUGACGAUGUCUCUCCAUGUCCAGAGAGCAGUGCUGUGGUUCUCCAAAGCUGCAGCACAGGAGGAAAAGAGGAACAAGCAUUUCAGAAUAAGCCAGAACCUCAGUCACAUUCAUCCAAGUUAUCAGCAUCAUAUAAAUGCAAUGAACGCAGCAAAAUGAACUCAGCUGUGGAGCAUGAAAGAACCCCAAUAACGCUCAAUUUGAGAAGAAAGAAAAAAUUUAAGAAAGAUUCCCCGAGUACUGCAACCAUUAAUUCAGCUGACUACGUGAUUGAUCAACUUUCACCUAGUGCAUUCACUUAUAGAAGCUUCAGAACUUUGGGAAGAACUGAAAAAACAGAUGCACGUCCAUUGCCAGUGCACACACAGAGUAAGGUUGGAGGUGACCACAGUGCCCCAGAAGAAAUGUUGCCACCUGUAAAUGUUGGGUACACUUCAACUGAAAGCUCUCUUUCUGUUGAUUCUCACCUUCAACAACCAUCAGUUUGCUCUGUGGAACAGGCAACAGUCUCCUCUUUGCCGUCUUAUGACAUGUUCUCACUCAGUCAAAUGACAUCUUCAAAGAACAAGAAGUUUCCACAACCUAUAAACUUCUCUAACACACCAACAUUUACUGAUUACACUGUUGACACUGACUCCACUGAGUCAGAUUGUGACACUAAUGAAUACAUCAACUCAGCUGUAGAGCAUAAAAGAACCUCCACAGGCCUCAGCUCGAGAAAAAAGAAAAACUUUAAGAAACACUUCUCUAGUACUGCUUCUGCUAUUGAUUCCACUGACUACAUGAGUGAUCAGCCUCUGCCUGGUGCACUCACAGAAAGAGGAAUAAUAAAAAGUGACUCCUCUGUAGCAAAUGCCACAGUAGGAGUUCAUCAGGAUAACAGCAGGGGAAUGGUGAUACAUGGAAAAACUGGUCCCUCCACCCUUGAGGUCUCCACUGACACCUUUGGAGAAGUUCUUGAUGAUGAUUCAGACUCUCCUGUAUUCUCUGAGGAAGCAACAGAAUGGAAUAAAUUGUUUGGCAUCACAGAUUAUGGAUCAUUUCAGUCACCUGCUUGGGAAAUGGAACAUGGUCCUUUUACUCUUGAAAGAAGUAGAGAAAAUCAAUUUGAGAUUUCACCUCUGCAGUCUGAAAGUGCAUCAGGAGGUGAAAGUGAUGCCCAGCUGGAAAUGGAGACAUCUCUUACAGGUGUAAACUACUCAGGCACAAACACCCAACCAACCUAUUGUGCCCCCCAAACCUCUUCAGAUAGUUGGCUCUAUGGCAUGCAUUUUCUUCGUUCUCUCAGCGUUCCCUCACUGAGGGAGUCAACCUCUGCAGAGAACAAGACCUUCACACAGACUACAAACUUCUCUGGCACACCAUUAAAAUACUCUACAGUGUUUACUGAUAAGAUUGUUGACACUGACUCUACUGACUGUGAUUGUGACCCUGACCCUGGCCUCAGCUCGAGAAAAAAGAAGAAAAUCAAGAAACACUUCUCUAGUACUGCUUCUGCUAUUGAUUCCACUGAUUGCAUGAAUGAUCAGCCUCUGCCUGAUGACUCCUCUAUAGCAAAUGAUGCAAUGGGAGUUGAUCAGUAUAAGAGCAGGGAAAAAGUAGUCUAUGGGACAGUUCGUCCCUCCACCCUUGUGCUCUCCACCAACCCCUCUGGAGCACUUCUUGAUGAUGAUUCAGACUCUCUUGUGUUCUAUGAUGGAGAAAAAGAAAGGGAUAAAAUUUUUGGUAGCACAGAUUAUGGAUCAUUUCGGUCACUUGCUUGGCAAGUGGAACAUGGUCCUUUUACUCUUGAAAGAAGUGGAGACAGUCAGUCUCAGCUGAUGUCUGAAUUUGUUGAAAUUGUGUCAGGAUGUGAAAGUGAGGCCCAAUUGGAAACAGAGGCAUCUCCUACAGGUGUGAACUAUUCAGUCACAAACACCCAGCCAACUUGUUGUCCCCUCCAAAUGUCUUCAGAUCCUGGUUGGAGCAGAAGAGGCUCCAGCUGUUUGCUUCGUUCUCUCAGCGUUCCCUCACUGAGUCAGGUAACCUCUGCAAAGAACAAGACCUUCACACGAGCUAAGAGCUUACCUGACUUGCUGCUGGAAAACAGCUUUGAGGAGUUUACUCCUGAUAUCACUGUUGAUGAAACCGAUGAAGCCUACUGGUUGCGGUGCUCCUGCCCAGGCCUGUACCAGUGCAGGGUGACAGGCCUGGUGUUCCACAUGGAGGGAGAAGGAGACGUGGUCUACAGGAUUGUCCCUUGGAACAGGAGACUGUUGACCCAACACCACAAGCAGCCUGCAGGACCCCUGUUUGACAUCAAAUGUCUGCAGCAGUCUGUGUGUCAGCUUCAUCUCCCACACUGUGAGAUCUGGUCCACAGAUUGUUUCUUGUCAGUUGCUCAUGUGAAUGAUGAGGGCAUCGAGUUCAUCACCCCUCAUAAGAUAACAGAAAGUCAUGUUGCUAUUAACAUCACAGGGUUUUCUGCUUUCGGUAAUGUCAAAGAUGCAGACUCACCACCUGACCCGGUGCGAGCGCUGGUUCUGCUGUUCUACAGGCCUCCUGCUGAUCCUGAUCCCACAUCCCUCCUCAAUGUGUUGUUGCUACCGAGGAACGUGGUGCUCCAGGAUGUGCUGCGCACCAGGAAGAAAUUAGUUGGAGAUGAGAGCUACAUAGAAACAUCCUCACACUGCAAACUGCACCCAAAGCAGGAAUACACACUGUCCACUUGUCCUGAAGACGACUCAUUUCGAGUUCAGCCAAAAAAAGCAGAAUUUGACUGUGACAACUACGACAACUACAUCCCAUCAUUCCAGGUGAGAUUUAAAACAAUCAUUUUAAAUAUUAACCUGCUUCUUAGAGACACCAGGUGCUCUGACACUGUUUGGGAAAGUGAGGUUUAUCUUUCAUCCACCGGAGUAAAAAGGUCCUGUGGGCCGAGCAUUUUGAACCUGCCUUCAAGAGAGAAGCUGUUUGACAUACGGAGCAGCUUCAUCGAUGGGAUAUCAGGACCAGUUCUCAAAAGUCUGCUGGACAAACUGUUUGACAAGAAGGUGAUGACUGACUCAGAGAGGGAGUCAGCGGACGAGAUGCAAAACAAGAGAGACAAAGCUCGUUUUGUUAUCGACACAGUGAGCAAGAAAGGUGAAGCUGCUAGUUCAGAGAUGAUUGGGUUUCUGUGUGAGACAGACCCCUUCCUCUGUGAACAUCUUGGGUUGGUCUGAAGCAAAAUGACCACUUGGUGCAUGAAGAACAUGUUGACCUGAUGAUGACAGGCUCAUUAUCCUGUAGAAGUUUUCAAUCUAAUCAUGGUGUCAUGUGGUUGAAGUGAAACAAAAAGAGCACAUUGUUCUUUUCAGCUUUAGAUUAAUUUAGUGGUAGUUGGAUUUUAUUGCACAUGAAAUGACCCUGUUCUACAUAAAAACUCUCUUUGAGUGAUCUUAUAUCUUCAUUUGCCAGCAGAGGGUGUCAUUUGCUUGUUAAUGGUCAGAGCGAUGCGCUGGAACUUGCUAUGAAAUGUGAUGUGAGGCAAGUUUUUCAAAUGCUACACAGACAAGUGGGCUCAUAAAAGGAGAUGAUAACAGUUUAUAUUAUUCAACAAGUUUAUGUAUUUUACAGCUUGUCACAGAUAAACUGGUACCGGCAUAUAUGCUGAACAGCAAGUAAAAACAUCUUAAUUGUAUCAACUUUGUUACUACUGUCUAUACUGUACCACUUUGUGAAGAAUUUGUAUGUUUUUGCUAAUGUCCCUUUUCAUGAUUCCUAAAUAAUUUCUUACUGAACAAUGGCUCAUUAAUAAGAGAGUCAUGUAAAAAACCUUUGGGGUGACAGGUUGUGAAUAUUAGUAACUUGUUUACAACUGAUGGCCUGAUGGCUCAUUGUAAAAAACAAGUUUUCUUUAUUAAUGACUAUUCAUUUUUAUAAAUGUGUUUCUUUAUAAUUCUAUUUUUUAUAACUGUAUCGUUCAUCAUCACAUCAAAAAUACCAAAAUUUGCAGUUUCAACUUUAGCAGCUUUAAGCAGCAGCUUAAGAUUGAGGUUGUUAUAAUUUUUUAUUGUCAUGGGUGAUAACAAACUUAAUAUCUGUGGA